CCGCCGCUCCCCUCCCCCGCCUGACGUCAAGCCGCCAGCCCGGUGCUGGGUCUCCGCCUCUCAUUGUCAGCCGCCCGGAGCCCGCAGUCGGAGCCCGGAGCCCCGCGGGCUGCGGCUGCCCGAGUCGCGGCGCGGCUGCCAGAGCCCGGGCUGCCCCGGCCGCUGCCCGCGCGGCCACAGCGCGCCGCGGGCGGCGGGGACGGCGCCGGCCGCCCAGGUGGAACUUCCUGUGUUUGUGCCCAUUGCCGCGUCUUGUCACUGGGCACCACUGCAAAGACUGUCAUCCAUCUUCUUUACACCCUCCUUUCAGCUUGUGUCCUGUCCUUUCACUAUGCACCUCUGAGAAGAGCCUGGCUAUCUUCUCUACACCCUCCCAUUAGGGUGAGAUUGCCUCUGUCCAAAGAAACUGUAAAAUACCAGGAAAAAACAAGGUAUUUAGGCUUUUCACCCAGAAGGAAUAAAAAAUAAACAUGGCAGAAUUCACAGGUUACAAGGAAACCUCGAAUCGCCAUCUACGAUUCAAAUUACAGAGUCUUAGUCGCCGCCUUGAUGAACUGGAGGAAGCAACAAAAAAUCUCCAGAAAGCAGAGGAUGAGCUGCUUGACCUCCAGGACAAAGUUAUCCAGGCAGAAGGCAGCAAUUCCAGCAUGCUGGCUGAUGUCGAAGCCCUGCGGAAAAGAGUGCUGAAGAUUGAAGGCAAGGAUGAAGAAAUUAAGAAGGCAGAAGAGCUUUGCCGUUUAAUGAAAGAAAAACUUGAAGAGGAAGAAAGCCUCACCCGAGAGCUGAAGGCAGAAAUUGAACGACUUCAGAAGAGAAUGGCAGAACUGGAAAAGCUGGAGGAAGCAUUCAGCAGAAGCAAGAAUGACUGUACCCAGCUGUGUCUUAGCCUGAAUGAGGAAAAGAACUUGACCAAAAAGAUAUCUACAGAAUUAGAAAUACUUAGAGUGAAAGUGAAAGAACUUGAAGCAUCUGAAGACAGGCUGGAUAAAACUGAGCAGAGCUUAACGGGUGAGUUAGAAAAACUGAAAUCCUUAGCACUGAGCUUUAUCAGUGAAAGAAAACAUUUUAAUGAAAGAGAAAAGCAGAACGAAAAGUUAAUCCAGGAGCUAACCCAGAAACUAGAGCAAAACAAUAAACUAAAUAGGGCAGAUCAAACUAGAAAUGCAUCCAACUUGCUAGAAAGAUCAUCAAAUAAUCUCUUGGACAGAAAUGAUUUGAGAAUUGAAGAUGACUUGUCGCCAGCACUGCCCUCUAAAGAAACCAGGAGGAAGGGAAGUGUGGAUUACCUAAAACAUGUAGAAAAUGAAACCAGGAAUAAAUCAGAAAACCAAAAGAACAAAAAUCAGGAAGACAACAAAGUGAAAGAUCUCACCCAAGAAAUCGAGAAACUUAAAACUCAGAUCAAGCAUUUUGAAUCUUUAGAAGAAGAACUUAAAAAAAUGAGAGCCAAAAACAAUGACCUGCAAGACAGUUAUUUGAGCGAACAGAAUAAAAACAAACUCUUGAUUGGUCAAUUAGAAGAAAUAAAAAUGCAGAUAAAGAAACAGAAAGAUCUGGAGAAUGGAGAGGUAGAAAAUGAAGAUAUGAGCUUUUCUAGCAGGGGGAAACACGACAAACCUAAAUACAGAGGUAUCACAGCUGAUCUAGCCGCUACCAAGCACAAGCCAAGGGAACUUUCACCCCAGCACCGAAGGGAAAGAAUGCGGAACAGAGAUUUCUCCUUCAGUAAUGACAGCUACAGCCACAGUGGUAAGCAAGUACCCAGUCCAAGCUUAAUGAACAGGAAAUCCGGAAAGGCAUCCAGUGCGUCUACCCUUCUAGAUGCUACUGCGACAGAUACAAAAAGACUAGAAGAGAAAUCUUUAGUUUCCACUUUUUCAUCUGGUCAGAAGGAAGGCUGUGUCGCACAGAAUGAGGGAAAGCGGUCAAAAGAGCAGCCGUCUGUCCUCAGUCGAUAUCCUCCUGCUGCACAUGAGCAGAAAUCUUGGAAAUCUCCUUCCAAACCUGUUAACGACACAGGCCUGAGAUCCAAGGUUGAAAAGCCGUAUCAGAUGCUCCGUGGCAACUGCCAAACCAACUCUGAUGCACGGGAUGAAAAAUCAAGCAAAGGAGAAUCAGUGUAUUCUUUGCCUGAGAAGCUGAAAACAAGUCAGGCAGAAGCUGCUGACUCUGCAGACAUGCUCCUCCCCAAGGGUAAUCACACCUCUUCCAAUGGAACUGCUUCAGCAUAUAGGUAUCACCUCUCUUCCCAGACAUCAGCGUCAGACUCCAUCAGCUCUAAAGCAGAAGGAACAAACACCUUUGCUGCAUCUCACAAGCAGCCCUCAGAGGGGAGGGCUAAAAAAGCAGUAAGCUCCCAAGAGAAAGAUUUCACAGACACUUUACUUGAAAAUAUGAAGCCUUCAACAUUAAUAAAGCGUUCACAUCGCUCAAGGAGUCAAGAAGACAUUCUGCAGAUUCUUACAGGUCUUGAUAAAGAAGACACAGAACAGUCUUCAACUUCAACAACAGAUCAUAUAAAUACUGGCUUUAAAACAGACUCCCAAACCAUCCAAAGUAGUCAUGAAAAAAUUAAUUCAGAAGAAGAAACAGGAAGAAGCAAAAAAGCAACCACCCAGUCAGACUUUGAGACAAGAAAGAAAGCCACUUCCAAAGAGUUCUCCAAUUCCAGGGGAGUUUUUAGAGCAUCUGUUUUUGAAAAUGACAAGAAUACUGUAAAUGAUGAAGAAUCCACCAAAUCUAUGAAAACAUCAGAUGCCAGCACUGGAGGAUUAAAAUCCAGAAGGUCAUUCAGCCCAAGAGAAGCUCUGAGAUCAAAAGCCAUCAUUAAACCUGCAAUCAUUGAAAAAGACAUGAAAGCAGUAAUGGGAGGGACUGUUUCUGAGGCAGAGUCAGAAAAACAGAAAGGUGUUUUCAAAACCACGACUAAUAAAAUGACAAGUAGUAUCACAAUCUUCCCUUCUGAGCCAACAUCUUCAUCAAGGACCAGUGUAGAUGUAGCAACAAAGGAAAGGCAUGUUACCACCAGCAACAUUAGAGUUGCUCCAAACGAACCCUCACCAAUAACUAACAGUCUCCCCACACCCUUUGAGAUAUCAGUUAAUAAAAGUGCUCUGAAAUUAUCUGAGACAGACAGAAUUGGAGAUGUGGCUCUGAGAAGUAGAGCAGAAACAGUAGUGUCAAGAAGCAGUAUUAUGAUAAAGCCUUCUGAACUCCCAGAAAAGAGUAGCGAGCCAUCUUCGGAGACAAUCACCUGGAAGAACCAUGGCUCUUUAGACACUGUUUCAUCAGAAACAAAACACGUCACUGUGAGAAGUGCUUGGAGAACAAGGCAAGGCUUACAUUCCCUGGAUGACUCUCAAACCAAAGUGGAGAAGAAUGCAGCUUCAAGUACUACGAACAUGUGCAGACCCUCUGCAGAUCUCUCUGAAACUGAAGGGAACCAUGCAAGAACCAACUCACUUGAGCAGAACUCAGCACGGAUGAGUGCCGUAGCCGAUUCCUGGAAUGACCCUGAACUGGGCUCCCGAAGGACCAAAAGUAGCCUAACUGCAUCUGAACUGCUAACACGCAGGAGCUACAUCAGUGAUCCUACAGUGGCUUCUACUUGGCACCGAACUGCAUUACUUGAGGAAAGCAAAGAUUUUGUGCCUAGUUCCAGAAGAAAACAAUAUGGCUCUUCUGAGUAUCUUUCACAGGUUGACACACCAGGGAAAAGGCCAGCCUCCAAGACGGACCUGCAGGACACCGAAUCCAAUCCCCGUGCACAGCUGGGUGUCCAAGCAGAGGAGCAGGGUGUUUCCCGUUCCUGCCGGACAACAUCUAGGAGAUGAAUUGUAUUCCCUUCCACCAAGCGAACACUCUGCAUAGUGGAGCAAGAGACAGGAUAUUACCAAGCUCACAGGUGUCACACCUGCAUUGUAACCUCUCCAGAGGCUUCAGCUAGCCUGAAACCAGUUUUGCGAGGUACAGGAGCUUUACCAGUGAAUUUUCCUUCAUUGCUGAAGAGGCAGCUGCAGACACUUUGCUCAGGGGACUCCCACUUCUCAUCUCUGUACCUGCAAUCUGAAUUUUCUCCAUAGGAUGAUAGGUCUAUUUCCAUAUGGAAACCUUGAGUGCAUGGUCACUCUUUCAAACUGAAGUAUGGUACUCCCCAGAAAGAGGUAACUCCUCAUUAAUCACCUUCAUUUAGACAAGAUCCCAAAAAUAUCCCUGUGACUACAGUCCACCUGCCCAUGAUAGCUGUCCUACACACCUCCGCAACUGAAAGUGUUCAGGUUCCUAGUGAAAGUUUGCAUUCUUCUAAUAUACCCUUAUUAACUUGAGUUGUGAUCACCUCCGGUACCUGUGUUGCUAGCACCCUCAAUCUAUGGUCGGGAGGAAAACAUUCCCCACUGGUUGCUUUACACACUAACAGGAGAAGGUGAACAGGGAAGGAGAGCAGAAACUGUUGUUUAGAAGCAGUUUCUUUCCCAUUGGUCUCAGCCUCUGCCACAAGCUUUGCACGAGGCAAGACCCAUUCAUUACUGGCUGAGAUCUUACACCGAGCCAAACAAAACAGCAGUUCAGACAGCAGUGAAACUUUCUCCUGCCUUGGACGGGCAUGCUUUUUUGCCCAAAGCUUUAUGUCCAUCAAACUCCGCCAGCACCAGCUCUGCUGCUCGUUCUCAGCCAUUGAAUGCUAAGGGACAAAGAAAUGCUUUUCUUGUGGCUUGGGGCACAGAAUGCCCUUCUUCCUUCCAAAAACAGAGGGGAGACUGAACCCUAAGCUGAGCUGCAGGAGGGCUACCUAGGCAGCCCCAGGCUAUGCCCAUCUUCAGAGCCCUCCCAUCUGCCUUGGCUGGGACCCAGGUACAGCCAGAGACCAUUGCAAAUAUGGAAAUGCAAAAAUGCUCACAGGACAAGAUGCUAGGUGGCAUAACUGUUGGGGAAAGCCACCACCUCUCCAGUCUGCACAGUAGCCACGGGUGGUACUCAGGUAGAAGCUAUUAGCACAGCAUCUGCCCUGAGGAAGGUGAAUGUGGGAGACUAUCCAAUCACACAUGUGUAUGUCAUAUUUCUUCCCUCUGCGUUGGUCAUAUAUGCCUUAAUUGUGAGGGGCAAAUGAACCGAAGAACAGAGCUGGUUGGAAAAUAUCUAUCAAAACACUAUCUGUAAAGUAUUUCCUAAAAGGAAAGUGUUCCAGUCAUAGGAUUUUUUUAAUAAAGUCUAAGUGGAAGAAGGAGAAAGAUUUUAUUUUUGAAAAAAUGUCUUCCUAUGCAGUUUUAGAUCCCCCCCCCCAAAUUUAUAUUUUUAACAUUUCAUUUUAUUGCUUUUUAUUUCAUGUAGAAAUGUCAGGUUGCAUAAAAACACAGAAAGAUAAUGCUUUUACAUUAGUACUAAGCACAGGUGCUCUAAUAAUCUUAAAACUAAAGUAUAUUAAAAUAGACUGUUAUCAACUGCUAUUUUGCACCCCUUCAUGAGAUGGCAGUGCUAGCAGAGAAUAGGCUAAAUAUCAAAUAUAAUAGAAAAAGCUUUUAAACUCAAAAUUCAAACUAAAGAAAUUGAAAUUUUGCAGUUAAAUUCAAAUUUCUGAUAUUCUCUGCCACACUCCUCUGCCCCUAUUUAUUGGGAUAUUUUGAAAAACUGGUGUGUAUUUUGCAACGUGAAACUAAAAUACAUUCUUGAACUAGCAUGUGAAAGUGCAACAUCCACCCUGCACCUCGCCUUGCUCAGGGUGUGACUGUAUGGCAGGAGCACCACAAAAAAAAAGAAGUUGCUGAGAUUGAUUGCUUUAAUGAUACAAGCUUCCCCUCCCUCUUCACACAGUCUUCAAGGCUCUUUACAGCUCAUAAAUAGCAUCUCAGCCUGACCAGCAGCAACAUGUGCUGUAGCAGUGCUUUCAUGGGUCAUGCUUGCUUGCUAGCUAGCCUCUCUCUGCCAGCCCCAAGAUGUUGGGUUCUGGGUCUUUUCCUCAUAUUUUCAUGUUAGAGUGAACAUUUCCCUUAAUUAAAAAACAAACAAAAAAAACCCAAAAAAACACACAAACAAAAAACCCCACUACCUCAGGCCAUUUUCCAUCUGUUUCAUGGCAGAUAUUGCUGUGAAAAACCUUGCCAUGCCAGUACUGUCAUUCCGUAGCCAGCAACUUGAAUGCCUCGUGCAAUAACUGCUUUCUGAACCUGGGAGUUGGCUUCUCAAAGGAUCCUUAGCACAUACAUGCCUCUUCAGAUAUCCACAGUAACUAUUUACCAGCAUUUACGUUCCCAGACUUGCUGCUCAGCUGCUGCCCAGAUAGGUAAAAUAAGUCCAGCUGUAGUUGCUAUGGAAGAACCGCUGUUGACCAACUUGACCUUGCAGUUCAAUCCUAUAAGAGGAGCAGAGUUUUUGAAAUCCCCCCCUCUGUCCUGUGUCAGUGCUAUCCUGAACAGGCAGCAUGGUUUUGAACAGGCAGCAUGGUUUUGAACAGUCAAAUGCAACAGCUGGACAAGCAGCAUAGCACAUACACCGCCACAGAGGAUGAGGAUUGCUCCAAGCAUCUACUUCAUGGCUUUCUUCACGGUGACAAUCACUGUCCUACAGCAGGACAGGGAUUGUCCAAGUCCCACAGUGGGGAGACAUAUUCACCAGCCCCCUUCUUUUCAAGUUUCUGCAGCUGGUCACAAAGCUGUGGUUUACCCUUCAAAUUUCAGCCCCACAGCUCACCCCAAUAAUGCAGCCACAUUCCUGAAACCAGGGGGAAACAACAAAAACAAACAAAACCAAACAAAAACACCAGUGGCAAUCGUUGCCAUUUUUCUCUUCUGUCAACCAGAGCCUCUCUCUUCCUUAGCUAGAGCCAAGGGCAACUGAAGGGAAUGUCAUUGCUGCUCUAAAUGUACUGUCUGAUCACACCGCACAGUAAGAGCCUCUCAGAUAUGGACACAACAGACCCAGCAAUGCAACUACUGCGGCACUAUCUGCUCUCCUCAGGUGCUUCUCACAGAGUAAGUUUGUCUUCUUUUCUCCAGCUGCUUUGUCCUUGGGGAGACAAAGCAAGGCUAGAGGCGGCCUUAGUCCUUCAUUCAGUAUUUUACAGCACGUUAUCUUGAAUUCAGGCUCAGUCUCACUGCUUGCAAGUGAUGAAUAUAGAUGUCAUUUGGUAACUGUAAACUGGGUUAUUUUACCACAACUGAGAUUAAAUCUGAGAAAGGAAAACCCUUUUUAAAAUUGAAAGGGGCCAUGCCCUCUAAUCAUGAGUGCAAUAGGAGCUGAUUGUAUUAUUAAACUUAUAGUGAUGACUUCAGGAAACACGAUGUGUUUUACUCAAAUUGCACACUUUUUUGAACAGCUGUAAAAUAGAGUAUAUGUGUAAAUAUUGCCAUCACUGAAGAAAUAUUUGUAAUUUUAGCAUAUAAAUAUAUCAGGCUUUUCAGUGGACUUGGUGAUGCUGAGAAGCUGUGCGUCAAGCAUUCGGAUAAUUCCAAAGUUGUAAAUGUAUUUGCUGUACAGAGGAAGUGUGUCAGUGCUCUGCCUCUUCUCCCAAGGAAACAAAGAGACUGGUCCCUUUUGGAGAGCCAGCAGCUUUCACCAGAGAAGGCUGAUGCCAGCUUGGGGGCCAGCAGCUUGCUACUCAUGGAGCUGCUUCCUUUGUAUCUGGAAAAGGCACUGCAGGUUCCCUUGGCAAUGCCGUGAGCAGAAGGCAGCCUCUCCAGCAGCUCAGGUAGUAUGGAGGGAGGACAGCUUCACGUUCAGCCACCAGUGCCAAGUGUUGUCAAGCUGCAGCUCACUGGACAUGGAUGAGGGGAAUCUCUUUCUGCAGACAGUGCCUCCAGAAAAGGGGAGAUGGCAGAAAGCACAGGGAAGGGUGGCAAAACCUUGGUGCUCCAAGAGACAACUGACAUGAGCAAUUCCUUAGCUGCAGAUUGAAGCAAUAGUCAUAUUGAUGUUACCUCUAAAUAGUAGACCUCAUCUCUGCCACCCCUGCACAUCACUACGGAGUGGUUCAAACACUGCUACAAGGCCAGCCUCCAGCGGACUGCUCUACACAUGAUGAAACAUGAAGCCAUUUUUCGCAGAGGCCUCUGAUGGUCAGUAAUGAAACACCCAAAGGAUUAUCUUCCUAGGCUGUCCAGCAUGCAGUGCAGGCUCCUGCCUGGAGGAAGCAGCACUCCAGACUGCGUGGAAUGUAUUUUUAAGAGAAGAAAUCUAUUUUUUUGUAUUUGCAGACAAAUGUUUGGGCUGGGACAGCUUAGUUACAAGACAACGUUGCAAGAAGUCUUUUCAUAUUCACAGACUCGUCCAAGUCAAGCGACUUCUCCAGGGUUACAGUAUUCCCUAUUUUCCUAAAGCAAACUUUGUGUCCAAUAGCGCUAUCGGCACUGUUUCACCUUCUCAAAAUCCUCCCUGUCUCAGCAUGCUCAACAGAGGGAAGCCAGCUCUUUCCUCCCAAGGCUGCCCAUAUAGCAGAUACAGAUGGUGCUCACCUCUUACACAGUGCUCUUAGUCUGCAUGCCAAACGUAAUCACACACUUUAUCUGCAUGUCUUUCCUGACUCAAACAUUGUCAGCUCUACAGUAUAUAACCAAUAAAAGUCUCUCUUUUUA